AUGACAACAGCUGGAUGCCCAAACGCAUUGGUUCGGGCCACCUCUCGUCCUUUCUAUACUGGCAAUUCGCCCUAUAUUUCCUCCCAGGGAGGGUCAGGCAAACAAUCAAAGGUGAAAAGGAAGAAAGAGAGAAAUACAAACCAGCACAGUCGUAGCGAAUUUCCCUUGAGAGGUCGCCGUCUUUCUUCCCUCAAGGGAGAACGUCGCGGUUACAGCGACAUCCUUAUGGCGCAAUCCGUUUCUGUCAAGAACGCCCACGACCUACGAGGACAGCCCGGCUGCCCAACGACUUGGGCCUGCGGGCCUGACAAGACACGAUUCCAUGUCUCUUUUGCAACACUCGCAUGGGCGCUCGGGUCACACAAGUCGGCAAGCUAA